CUGUGGUGAGCUAGAAGAGAAUUAACAGCAUACAAAAGGAUGUCUAUCUAUAAGAAACCCUGUGACGAGAUUACGGUGAGCCAGCUUUAUUCAUCUAAAGUUGUGCUGAAGAACACAGCGGAGGCUGUUAUUGUUCCAUUAAAAGGUGGCAUCUCCUCCAUGAAUGAAGUCUAUCAGGCCCUGAUUAAAGCAGAUGUAGAUCCUGUUACUGGGCAAUGCUCCAACUAUGAGUACAUCAGACAGCAGAUAGUGCAGGCUCAUCAGCUCCUGGAGCAGUCCGAACAGACGGCCAGUUCAGGGUUAAAGAGUCUGAAUGAAAACUUGGAGAGACUCACACAAGAUGAGGGAAAACUCAAACGUGAGAUGAAUGAUACAAAACAAACCUUAACAAAAUUGAGAACAGAGCAGGCAUCUAGUGAAAAAUUACUCAGAGAAUCUCAGGGAGAUCUGGAACUGGCCAGGACAAACCUGAAUUCAACAAAACGGAUACUUCAGAAACAGAAAAGAAGGAAACAGAAAGCUGAAUUAGUCUCAGAUGUUGGGGCAAUUCUGUUUCCUAUACCAAUCAUUGGAUGGAUUGCAGGUUCUGGCAUGUUAAUUGGUGGUGAAAUUGCAAUGGUUAAAGCAAAAAAUUUUAUCAAAUUGGCCAAAAAAGAGGCGUCGAAGUCUGAGAAAGAAGUGAUAAAAUACGAACAUAAAGUAUCUGACUACAAGUCCAGGAUUUCCCAGACCAAACGCUAUGCCAGCCAGAAAGAUGAAAAGCUGAAGCAGACUUGUGAAGGAAUCCAGAAGGUGAAGAAGCAGAUCGAGUCUGUAGCUGAUUUCCAGAACAAAGUGAGAAGUGCUGUCCCACUCCUGGGUGUUCUGAGUGGGAGGGCCAGUGUAGCUGAACAUCAGACUCGUAGAUUCAUCCUCCAGGAGCCUGUGAGGAAGGUGAUAGAGGAUGUGAUGAAGGCCACAGAACAAAUCACAGGGAAUAAGGUCCUCUACGACAAUGACAUGCCAAGGCUCCUCGAUCAGAUGAAGGAGAACAGCCAGCGGAUGGCAGCCAUCUGUGCCUCUGAGGACAGCUCUAACUAUACUUAACACUUAACACGCAACAUUCACUGAUUAAUGGAUAUUAUGUGGAUUCUUCAAUCAAUAUAAUCUUGAACUACUUCGCAAAACUGCAUGUCAGAUUUUUGCACAAAUAAAGAUAAAGUGUUAAAAAAGCAAUGGUUCUUUGCCAUAGAAAAUAGGAUUAAAGUGAUAGUACACAGUGUCUGUAAGACUAAAUUAUAGACAGCAGGCUUACUUUACUUUUGUUUUUGUAGAAAGGGUAACUUGCAGCAGCAUUAAAAACCACUACAUGUAACCACAAAAUAAAUACAGUGAAAUAUGUUGCAAUAAAGUUUGUUAAGUUUACACAUUUUUU